AUGACGACCCCGAGUCUUGCGCCCUUCAUUCAGAAGCGACCAUGGUUGAUGAAUUGGAUGCGCCCGUUGAGCAAGUGGUACUUUGAUAAUGCGGGAUACCGCAAGCUGGGAUUGAGGGCCGAUGACCUGAUCCCCGAGGAGAGCGAGACUGUCCAGCUUGCACUCAAACGUCUGCCACCAAAGGAGGCCUACGACCGUGUAUUCCGCAUGAGAAGAGCUUUCCAGUGCUCGCUUGCCCACCAACUUCUACCACAAGCCGAAUGGACAAAGGCAGAGCAGGACUACCAAUAUCUAACCCCAAUCAUCGAGGAGAUCGAGGCGGAGGCCUCCGAGCGCGAGGAUUUGGAGUCCAUGAUCAUCAAGAAGAAGACAGCCGCGACACGGCAGUCAGGCGACCAGAUCGCGGGCAAGCACUGA